AUGGCAUUAGUUAGGUGGCUUUGGCGGUCUGUCAUUGUUACAAUAUUAGUAGUUGAAGUACACUGCCCUCCGCCAAACAGAGCACCACCCAGCGAUUCGAAUAAUGCCAAAGAUCAAGCCGGACAACAACAACAACUUAAUCAACAGAUUCCUGGCCAAGAUGGACAACCACCUCCAAGACCUAUCUAUGAAUUUGCUUAUUCAAAAUACCUUGAGCAAGUUGUUAGGAUACUCGAAAGUGACCCGAAAUUUACUGAGAAGUUAAAGUCAAUGCCCGAACAGGAUAUAAAGAGCGGGAAAAUCGCCGACCAUAUAGAUGACUUGGGUCCCCAUGUUUUUGAACAACUUACUAAAGUAAAGUUAGCAGAAAUUGAAAGACUUCGAGAAGCUAUUGCGAAGCAAAUUGAAGCUGAUAAAGGCGCUCAUAAAGUCAAGGUACCUGAACAUAUUGACGUGGAUAAUUGGGAGAGGUUUGGGAAAGAAGAUCUAAGAAAGUUGAUAAGAAAGACGGUAGCAGACAUGGAUGAGAUUGAUCGCCAACGAAAGCAGGAAUUCAAAGAGUAUGAAAUGAGGAAAAAAGCUGAGGCGGAUCAUAAAAUGUUAGCUUUGGAUGUAGUGAAGUCACAUUUUGAGGCAAACAUGACACCUGAAGAACGUGAAAAGUUCAAAAUAGAGCUUGAUGCUCGGGAACAGCGUCAUAACGAACAUGAAAAGGUAAGACAUCCAGGAAGCCGUGAUCAGCUGGCAGAAGUUUGGGAGGAGUCUGACAAGAUGGAUAAGGACACCUUUGAUGCGCGUACUUUCUUUGCUCUGCAUGACUUAAACGGUGACGGGUUUUGGAGUGAAAGCGAACUAGAAGCGUUAUUCCAGCUAGAAUUGCAGAAACUUUACAACGAUACGAAUCCUGAUGAUGACCCUAGAGAAAAGGUGGAAGAAAUGUACCGAAUGCGUGAACAUGUUGUGAAGCAGAUGGACAAGAACGGUGACCGUAUGAUAUCGCUGGACGAAUUUCUGAGCGAUUCCGAGGUUCAGCAGCCAAACAAAGAUCCAGGUUGGAAGGAUAUUGGUGAUCAGCCAGUUUUUACAGAUGAAGAGCUGCAGAAAUUUGAGGAAGAGUACGCUAGACAACAAGGUUGGGGAGAAUAUGCCUACUCAACUCCUGCGACAACACCUGUUCCACGACGUGUUGAACCGUCUCCCGUACAGUCAGAUCACUUUGCUCCUCAGUAUCAAGGCGUUCCACAGCAGCAGGCCGUUCCAGCUCAGCAGAGGAUUCCUCAACAGCAAGGAGUCCCUCAGUAUCAAGGCGUUCCACAGCAGCAGGCGGUUCCAGCACAGCAAGGAAUUCCUCAACAGCAGGGGAUUCCCCAACAGCAAGGAAUCCCUCAGCAACAAGAUGUUCCCCAACAACAAGGAGUUCCCCAUCAGCAAGGAGUCUCUCAACAACAAGGCGUCCCUCAACAACAAGGAGUCCCGCAACAACAAGGAGUCCCUCAACAACAAGGAGCUUCACAACAAGUGGUUCCGCAACAGCAGGCCGUUCCGCAACAAGUGGUUCCACAACAGCAAGCAGUUCCUCAACAGCAAGCAGUUCCUCAGCAACAAGUAGUCCCUCAACAGUAG